AUCUCUCAAACAAUGCAACUUGUUGAACGAUUUACUGAGAGGGUCAAUGAAGGAGGGAAAUAUACUAGAGUCACAUUGAUCUUGGUUGUUUGUUUCAUAAGUCUGCCUGUUUUUCUGAUCUUGUUUAAAGACUCGAAACUUCCACUUUCUGAGCCAUUUGAUGCAACUGAAAAACCUUUGAAGGAGAGUUCAGCAACGCUUUUGAGAGGAAUUUCACUGGAUGUUACACCAUUGGCUGCAGGUAAUGGUCCUAUAACAGCACAUUAUGUACAAAGCUGGUCUUUUCGGUCCGGCCAUAUGCAUUGUGCCAGGCCGAUUAAAGGCUAACUAACUGAAGAUUAGGCCGCAAAACGGGCCAGAAUAUAGCACCCGAAACCAGCCUGAAUGUCAGAUUUGAUUUUUUCUACACUAAUAUAUUCAUAGUUCCUUCUAGUUGUGUGCUUGAUUUCAAUUUUGUUAUGAAAUACAAAGUAUGGUUAUUAGUUUAUUACAAAUUUUUGGUUUCAUGUGUGAUUACAUGAAUUGCUCACAGUUUGUCAUUGAUUUAUUCACAGAUGGACAUAACAGUUCGUCAAAUACUUCUAUUUCUAGCAGCAAGCCUAUUAGUGAGCAGCACAAACAGGUUGAUGAGCUUUUAGCUUCAGGAUUUGCUAAAGAAUCAUGCAUAAGCAGGUACCAAUACUCUUCAUACCAUAAAAACAAGCCUUAUAAACCAUCUUCUUAUUUGAUAUCCAAAUUACGAAGCUAUGAAGAACUCCAUACACGGUGUGGGCCGCAAUCAUUGUCCUACAGAAAAAUUAUAAGAAAACUAUCAAGUACACAGCACAUACAUGAUAGUGAGACCACACCAUGCAAGUACUUAGUCUGGACACCUGCAAAUGGAUUAGGAAAUAGAAUGGUUAGCAUGGCUUCGGCUUUCCUAUAUUUCCUUCUUGAAAAUCGAGUUUUCCUUGUUGAGUUUGAGGCCGAUAUGGAUGGCCUCUUUUGUGAACCAUUUCCUAAUUCAACAUGGCUUCUACCCAAAGAUUUCCCUCAUAAAAACCGUUGGAGUCGACUACCAACGUUUAAAAACAGGGCAAAUUCAGGGGAAAGUGGGCUUUCGCCGUCUUUUGUACACCUUGACAUACAAAAUGGGCACGGUGAUCAUAAUAUCCGGCAUUUUCAUUGCAAUGAAACUCUUGUCUCCCUACAGAAAAUCCCUGUUUUGAUCAUAAUAUCAGACCAAUAUUUCGCUCCUUCGUUAUUCAUGAGUUCAUCCUAUAAGGAAGAGCUGAAUAAAAUGUUCCUAGAGAAGGAUGCAGUUUUUCACCAAUUAGGACACUACCUUUUUAGCCCUUCCAAUGAGGCUUGGGGACUAAUCACAAGAUUUUAUGAAGCUUACUUAGCUAAAGCAGAUGAGAAAAUCGGCCUCCAAAUCAGGGUCUUUGAUCAUCAACACAUUCCAUCCCGGAAUAUAAUGUCACAAAUUUUAUCAUGCACCCAAUCCCAUAAUAUACUACCCUCAUUGGAUAACACAAAAAAAUCUCUAGAAUUUCCAUGGCAAAACACAGCCUCGAAAUCAAAAGUUGUACUGGUAGCAUCAUUAUAUCCCGAGUAUGCUGAGAGGUUGAAGAGUAUGUAUUGGACAAGGCCAACAACGAAUGAAGAUGUGAUAGGAGUUUAUCAACCAAGCCAUGAAGAAUACCAAAAAUUUGGUGACAACAUGCAUAACAUGAAAGCAUUGGCUGAAAUAUAUCUGCUUAGUUUGUGUGAUGUGUUAGUGACUAGCCCUCAAUCUACUUUUGGGUAUGUUGCCCAUAGUUUAGGGGGGUUAAAACCAUGGAUCAUGGUAAGUUUAGGGAAGAACAAGCACUCGGAUCCGCCUUGUAAACGAGGCAUUUCUAUGGAGCCUUGUUUUCAUACUCCUCCACAAUAGGAUUGCAAGGACAAGACUAGGAUUACUAACUUUACCAAUCUUUAUCCUCAUAUAAAUGCUUGUGAUGAUUUGUGGUGGGGAAUUAAGUUAGUUGAUUUAUGAUCUUUUGAGCUUCAAUAAUGUAUUUGUAAUUAUUUCAUUAUGAAUCCUAUUACUAUUGUAUUUUUUUUGAA